CGAGGAGCUUUUGUUAAACCAGUUUUCUUUCCCUCUAUCUUUUAUUUCAUGUGAAAGUAAAAAUCGUUUGCAUAAACGCGAAUAUCGAGUGACAAUUAUUAGCAAUCUUUCAAACUGUGUAGACUUCGCGUUGGAUUUAAAAAUUGCGUGUUGUAACAAACGGAAAUUUGUAUGAGACACGAUCCGUAAUGUAUUUUUGGCAAAGAUUCAUUUUUAUUAGAUGGAAUUACUCUUCUCGCGGCUAAUGUCGUAUCCGUAAGAACGUGUAGCGAGAAUCCGUGUAACAAAUCGACGUCGUUUAGCUUAGGGAAUCGUGACAGGCUUUGGAUUGUCUCGGAUAAUUUCCAUUGUCAAGGAAAAAGGAUUAUCUCGUGGAAUAAAACAGAUUAGAGUUUCCGUGUCAAGGAAACGCGAUUCCGAUCAUCAAGCCUGCAGUAAUCAUCUGUUCCCUUGUUAAUAGGAAUUAGUCAAGCGUAUUGGAACUUGCAUAAAAAUAAUUUCAAACGAGAGAUUCUUCGAACUCCAAACGAUCUUCCGAUUCUGGAAUCCGCGGAGUACGCGCGUCGAUCGCGCGGUGUCUCCAUGAAAUAAUAUCAAAAUUGAAUUAUGGAUUUCACUGAGGCCAGCGGAGGAUGAUCAGAUUAUCUUCGGAUCGUUACAAAGGAAUCCUGUGUUCAAUCCGUAGCUACUUUCCCUCUUGUCUGCGCGUUUAACCAGAUUCGCCUUGGCUUCGGCGAAUCGUCAUCGAAGCUCGCACUUAAGCGUUACUUUCAUUCGACAUAGAGCAAUUAUCAGCUUCGAGAUUCGAUCGUUUCCGCUCUUUUGAUUCUCGAGCAGAUGAGAUUUCAGACGGACUGAUCAUAGUUCGAGACGAAUAUUCGUGUUUUCGAUCGGUGGAGGCAGAAUAAUCGUUGACUAAAAUUGCGUAGGUGUUUCUGAUGAGCCGGUGAAGAGAGGAUGAAUCCGUCCGAGUCGCAGCAGAAUCUGCUGGCGGGCGAGGGCAGAGCGCCUUCGGUGCAUUCGUUGCAACCGCCGCAAGACUAUUCUCUUGGCCCAGUUGAGAAGCACUUCCUGCUGAGCGCGGAACGAGGUGAUUGUGCCACUGUCAAAAGAUUGCUGGAGGAGAACAAGGAUCACCCGGAGCUGUUGAACAUCAACUGCGUGGAUCCGUUGAACAGAUCGGCCCUGAUCGCAGCGAUCGAGAACGAGAACAUCGAGCUGAUCAAACUGUUGCUCGAACUAGGAAUCCAAGUGAAGGAUGCACUCCUACACGCUAUAAAGGAAGAGUACGUGGAGGCCGUCGAGAUCCUUCUCGAAUGGGAGGAAAGAAUACACACGGCUGGCCAGCCUUACAGCUGGGAAGCCGUGGACAGGUCGUCGUCCAAUUUUACUCCGGACAUAACGCCGUUGGUUCUCGCAGCGCAUAAGAACAACUACGAGAUCUUGAAGAUUCUCUUGGAUCGCGGCGCGACCCUUCCGACUCCUCACGACGCCAGAUGCGGUUGCGACGAAUGCGUGACGUCGAGCGAGCAGGAUUCCCUGAGACACUCGCAGGCCAGGAUAAACGCCUACAGGGCUCUGACUUCGCCGUCCUUAAUUGCUCUCUCUUCGAGGGAUCCUCUUUUAACCGCGUUCGAACUUUCUUGGGAACUUCGUCGACUGAGUAAAAUGGAGCAGGAGUUUCGUUUCGAGUAUAACGAGAUGAGGGAGCAGACGCAGACUUUCGCCACGUCUCUCCUCGAUCACGCUCGUACGUCUCUGGAACUGGAGAUAAUGCUGAAUUAUAAUCCUAUCGGCGACAACUGGGAGCCGGGAGAACGGCAGACCUUGGAACGUCUGAAGCUCGCGAUUAAAUACAAGCAGAAGCAGUUCGUGGCACAUCCGAACGUGCAACAGCUGCUGGCUGCCAUUUGGUACGACGGUCUGCCCGGUUUCCGGAGGAAAAGCAUGAUCGGCCAGUUCAUCGAGAUCGGAAAACUCGGCGCGAUGUUCCCGGUUUACAGCUCGAUCUACAUGCUCUCGCCGACGUCGCCUAUGGGGCUGUUCAUGAAGAAACCGUUCGUCAAAUUCAUCUGCCACUCGUCCUCCUACGCUUUCUUCCUGAUGCUCCUCGGGAUGGCGUCGCAACGUAUCGAGUACUUGGUAAUCGAGUUGUUCGGAAAUGCUUGGAUGCACGAGAUACUCGCAGGCUGGAAGAGACGCGAACGCGGCUGCAUUCCCGGGUUUGUCGAAUCCGGCGUCAUCAUCUACGUUAUCAGCUUAGUCAUUGGCGAGAUGAGAUCGUUAUGGUCCGACGGGCUGCUGGAAUACAUCUCGGAUUUAUGGAACAUCGUCGAUUUUAUUCAGAACAUGUUUUACGUGAUUUGGGUCAUGCUCAGGGUCACCGCGUGGUUCGUCGUUCAGCGAGAGUACUGGAGAGGUUUGGAUCCUUGGUACCCGAGGGACCAGUGGCACGCGUUCGACCCGAUGCUUUUGUCCGAAGGAGCUUUCGCGGCCGGCAUGAUUUUCAGUUUCUUGAAACUGGUGCACAUAUUCAGCGUGAACCCGCAUCUCGGUCCGCUACAGAUUUCCCUGGGGAGGAUGAUAAUAGACAUUAUCAAGUUCUUCUUCAUCUACACGCUGGUCCUGUUCGCCUUCGGCUGUGGAAUGAAUCAACUGAUGUGGUACUACGCCGAUUUGGAGAAGCAGAAGUGUUAUCACAUGAAGGAAUUUCCCGAUUACCCGGACUUUGACAAUCAGGAGAAGGCUUGCUCGAUCUGGCGACGUUUUGCCAACUUGUUCGAGACGUCGCAGUCGCUCUUCUGGGCCAGCUUCGGUAUGAUAGACUUGAUGUCGUUCGAUCUGACCGGGAUCAAGAGCUUCACCCGGUUCUGGGCGUUACUCAUGUUCGGCUCCUACUCCGUCAUCAACGUGAUCGUCCUGCUCAACAUGCUCAUCGCCAUGAUGUCCAAUUCUUAUCAAAUCAUCUCGGAAAGAGCCGACACCGAAUGGAAAUUCGCCAGGAGCCAUUUAUGGAUGAGCUACUUCGAGGACGGUGACACUGUGCCACCGCCGUUCAACAUGGUCCCGACGGGGAAAACGUUUACGAAAAUUCUUAGCUGUGGAAAGGGCAAUCGUCAAACCAGAUCUCUCAUCAAAAAGUCGAGGGAGAAGGCCAAGUCGAGACACGACACAGUGAUGAGGCUGUUGAUUAGAAGGUACGUGACUGCCGAGCAGAGGAAAAGAGACGAAUUCGGGAUAACCGAGGACGACGUCAUGGAGAUUCGACAGGACAUUUCUACGUUACGAUACGAGCUGAUCGAUAUCCUCAGACAGAACGGGAUGAGGACGCCGCAGAUCGAUAAACAGGAGCUGUCUGGUAAAAAGGGAAGGGUGAUGGAGCGGAGGCUGCAGAAGGACUUCCAGAUAGGCAUAGUGGAAGGCAUAGUGAACGCAGUGAUUCAGAGCGAUCAGGAGCCGAAGGACGUGUUCAGUCAGAUCGCCAAGGCCAUCGGUCGCAAGAGCAGCGGUAGCAAGAAGAAGGACUGGAACGCGGUGGUCCGGAAGAACACGCUGGCCAAGGACCCGAUCGGCAGCACCACCGAGGCGACCAUGAAACAGACGCGACGCAGUAUACGUAGAAACUUGCAGCACCAACCGGACUCAGACCUGGUCUCGUUGGACCCGAAUCGCUUGGUCGAUUACAAUCCUAAUCUGUCGGAAGUGUCGCCGACCACUCGAGUCGCUUAUGCCAAAUUCAUGCUGAGUCGGAGCAGGCCGUCUCCUCCGGAGGGCGAAGGAGCAGCUGCGAAGGAGGGCGAAGGGCCACCGAAACGAACGAUGUUAAAGUCGAGUUUGUUAAAAUCAAUGAGCACCAGCAGCGUCGACAAAGGUGGGGAAAAGGCAGUAGAAGUGAGGGCACCGUCGCCGAUUCCGGAAGAUCCACGGGAGGACGAAUCUCCUCAAGGAAAGGCGGCGACUCCGAAACAACCGGAACCGAAACCGCAACCAAAACCACAACCGAAACCCGAACCGAAGAAGGAGGAGUCUAAAGUUGAAAUCGAGGACGAAAAGAAGAAGGAAGAUGAGGAAAAGAAGAAAAAAGAGGAGGAAGAAAAAAAGAAAAAAGAGGAAGAGGAGAAAAAGAAAAAAGAGGAGGAGGAGGAGAAGAAGAAGAAAGAACGCGAAGAGAAGAAGGAAACGAGUGGACCUCCGCCGAAACCACAGGAGGAAGCUCCGGUCGCGACCACCAAAUUGAGAGGAAAGUCCAAAGCGACUGGACAGGUGAUGGGUGGUUGGAUCUAAACUAGUCGGCUCGCUGCGAAGAUGAUCUCAAACAUUGUAAUUAGGUAAAUUAGAAGGGACCGAGAUCGUCUUGCUGACUUACUUUCGCUUUGUUAGAUGAUACCACUCGCAUAGACGAAGAUAACGAGCGGAACGAACGACGUUACGCAAUAAUUUUUAACAAUCAUUCACAAGAUUCAUGUUUUUUAUCUAACGCUUAGCGCACCGAUCUGAUCAGCCUUCAUAUUUUUUAAAUCUUAUACGCGAUCGAUCGCAUCGAUACUUAUCCUAUAUCCCAUUGUCGUGUAUGUACAACGAUCGUAUAAAAGGUAUAAUAAAUUAAAUCGACUACGAA